AUGGACCUUAACGACUUCCUGCGCAACACCAAGACCGCAGCGCAGGGUGAUAACUCCAGCGUGCGGACUUUGCUGUCGGGUCACAAGCGCUUUGCAGACGCCAACGAGGCGUCAUCCGAGGCUUCCUCCAGCGGUGCCGAUGCGAGUGGCAAGCGCCCCCGCCGCAGUGGGGCUGCGGAGGGGCUGAACAUACGGGCGGCGCAGGAGGCCCUUGCGCAGGAGCGUGGAAACACCUCUGCUCAGGCGCAGCAGCAGCGGGCGGAGGCUGAGCUCUUGUCAGAGCAGGCGGCAGCGCGCAUGGUGCAUCAGGUUCUGGAAUAUGUUAUGCAAGUGGAGCUGGGUGGUCGGCACAACGCCGCCAAAGGAGGCAUCGCGCCUUUUGUUCCAUCUGCGGCGCAGCUGGCGGCCGAGAAGGCUAUGUGGACACCUGCAGCGGGCUAUGCAAUUCAUCAUAUUGUGCCUGCCUCUCUUGACACGUCCCCGCAAACGCUCGAGUCGCUGAUGAGCGUCACAAAGAAAGAGCGGGUGCCGGACGGGGUGCGUGCUCUCCGCGGCACGUUGCAGGUGUGCGACACAGAGCGUGAUUUAGUUGGAGGCGUGCGCACCGGCAUGGCGCCGCACCUUCGCACACAUGUGUUGGAGGUGCUAGAAAAGGCCCUUCGCGGCCAGGCAUGGCUACGUGACGACGCGGUGGUAGCUACCCAAAUCUCCGCGCUUGGUAAGCCGACAACGCCAGAUAAAGGCCCGUCUAGCGUUCUGCUAUUUGGUGGUUUGGCCACAGCUUCUGUGGCGAACAGCGACGCGACAAGCAGUGCACGCGAUACGGCAUCGGCUGGUGAUGGGGCGCCAAAACCACUCUCCAAAGGCUUCUCGCUCGCAGCUUUCCUUAGCGCCCACGACCCCACCUCGUCGUCGGAUGGAGAGGAUCCGUGA